AGACGCGAUUCCGUUUUUGUUCAAUGAUAGUUUGGUGAGGUGUCGUUUUAUCUGUAACCCACAGAUGGCUGAUCAAGUCAAAAUAUUUUUGUUCCUUACAUCCAGUGAAUGAAAUUUGCAGCACGUCCGACGAGGAUUUAGGCAGUUUUACAGCAAAUCACGUCGCUGCCACUGAAAUGCAGUUUGUGCCCAUUACAGUCUGCAGUGACGGUGUAGACGGGUCAAGGCCAUUCCAUGGAAAUGCGGCUGAAGACUGGUGUCCACUGAUGGAAGGUCACAUGGAGAAUGUGGAGGAGCUGUUCAAGUCAGCAACAAAGUUUGUCAGGACAAUAGCAGGGAAAAUAGAAAAUGAGGCACUGCUGUACUUUUAUGCAAGAUUCAAACAGGUGAAGGAAGGACCCUGCCGUGUUCCCAAACCAGGGAUGUUUGACUUCCAGGGUAAGCAGAAAUGGGAGGCAUGGAAGAAGCUGGGGACGAUGAGUCGCAAGAAAGCCAUGAUGGAGUAUGUGUCUUUCCUAUCAGACAUCCAUCCACAUUGGGAAGACAAGUCUGGCAGUAGACAAUCAGCUGGUAGUAGGCAUACCACAGGAAUGGGAAUAUGUGUGAGCACAAUGGCAAACACAGAUGAACAACUGGCUGAUCAAGACAAGACAGUGUUUGACUGGUGUAAAGAAGGAAAUACAGAAAAGGUGUGCCUUACCUUUGCCACCUAUGAUACUGGCGUGAACAAACUGGAUCCUGAGGGUCUGGCAUUGCUGCACUGGGCUAGUGACAGGGGGUACAAAGACAUGGUGGAGCUACUUCUGGUACACAAGGCUGAUGUCAAUGUCAAGGACCAGGACGGCCAGACUCCGCUGCAUUAUGCCGUGAGCUGUGAACAUGUUGAUGUGACAUCGCUGUUGUUGUCACAUGGUGCUGACGUUAACAUUAGAGACAAUGAUGGUGUUCUUCCAAUUGACUGUGCCACGGAAAACCUCAAGUCAAUGCUUCUUCAGCCUGAUACAACAACAUAGUAAAAAUACAAUCAUCAGCUACCAAUUCACAGGUCAUUGACACCAAUGGAGAGCAUCAGACUUGUACCAGCAAUCAGGGUUCCACGCCCAGUAGAAGCCCAUGCAGACUGUCAAGGUCAACCAGCAAGUGUGUGUUACUGGAUGUUGCAACAUUGUGGGUGAUCAAGGAUAACUUAGUGUCCAAUUCAUGGGACAGUUGAUGCAACUACUGAUUACAACUAUUGCAAAUAUUUUAAUAUUAAUUCAUAUGAUUCAUAUGACUUCAUUGAGCAUGAACAGCCAAUGUUUCAUGUCAUUUGUGUGCUUUUCCUAUUUUGUCUCCUCCCUUUCACUGAAGCAGUUGGUAUUUAACAUCAAAUGAAUGCUGUUUGUAUAGAGAUAUGAUUGUUCAAAUCAUUAAAUAGCCAAACAAAAUCAAUAAAGCACUUUCUGUGAAAGAA